UGGAACCUUGGCUAGCUGGCUAACCAACUGGUGUUGUGCCACAGACAGAUCCAGUUUGCCAAUCAUUGGUGAGUUCUCGUCGAUGAGGAGGCAAUGACAAGAGGAGCGGUGCCGUGACAGACUGUCUUCUGUGACCCUACCAACGAAGUAGCUAAUCCUGUUGACAAUCUGGGAACGUUUACAAUUUUUCCAAAUGCAUCCAGAGAGACCCUCUCCGUGGAUCAGAAUGCGAUCCAAGAAGGACAGAUAAUGCGGAAAAGCUUUCUAGACAGAGCAGGGCAUGAAAUAAACGAGAACUGCACAUAUGCUGACAGAACCAGCUCAUUGAACCUGUAGGAAGCAUGACAGCAUAUUCCUGUAUAUUUGAUCUAUUUAUUUAUUUUGGUGAAGUAGAAAUUGUGUCUCUAUUUCACCACCGGUUUCCAUAUUUGCAUGCACUAAUUCUAUCAACCGGUUAAAGAGAUCAGUCAGAAUUUAUUUUUCAAGAUGACGGUGGAGGGUUCCACAAUAAAGAGUCGGAUCAAAAAUCUGCUUCGCUCGCCAUCUAUAAAAUUGAGAAGGAAUAAAGCUCUGAACAACAAAGAAAAUCUCACUAACAAGGUGACACUGGAGAAGGUGCUAGGGAUCACAGCAUUUGGGAACCGCGCAUUGGCCUGUGACCCUCGCUCUGGACUCGUGGCCUACCCAGCUGGAUGUGUGGUGGUGCUGCUGAACCCAAAGAAGAACAAACAGCAUCACAUCCUCAACAGCUCCAGGAAAACCAUCACCACUCUGUCAUUUUCCCCUGAUGGCAAAUUUGUGGUCACAGGAGAGAGUGGGCACAUGCCUGCUGUGCGGGUGUGGGACGUUGCAGAACGGACCCAGGUUGCUGAGUUACAGGAACAUAAGUACGGCAUCUCCUGUGUGGCCUUCUCCCCCAACAGCAAGUACAUCGUCAGCGUGGGAUACCAGCACGACAUGAUUAUCAAUGUUUGGGCCUGGAAGAAAAACAUAGUGGUGGCAGCCAACAAGGUGUCCAGUAAAGUCACAGCUGUGUCCUUCUCAGAUGACAGCAACUACUUUGUCACGGCAGGGAACAGGCACGUCAAGUUCUGGUACCUGGAUCACACCAAAUCAUCCAAGGUGAACGCCACGGUUCCUCUGCUGGGUCGCUCGGGGCUCCUGGGGGAGCUGAGGAACAACUUCUUCAGUGACGUGGCAUGUGGGAAGGGUCGUAAAGCCGGCAGCACCUUCUGCAUCACCUCCUCGGGCCUGCUCUGCGAGUUCAAUGACAAACGCCUGCUGGACAAAUGGGUGGAGCUAAGGAAGAACGACAGUGUCACAACCAGUCAGGCCACAUCUCUGUCUGUGACAGACGAGCUGAUCUUCUGUGGUUGUGCCGACGGCACGGUUAGGGCCUUCAGCCCCGUCAACCUGCACUUCAUCUGUACCCUGCCACGCCCACACUGCCUGGGCACAGACAUCGCCACUGUGGUGGAGGCUAGUCACCUCUUCAGCCACAAGAUGGACGCCCGGUGUCCAGACACGGUGGCUGUAUCUUAUGACCCUGCGAGCCGCUGGCUGUCCUGUGUCUACAACGACCACAGCCUGUACGUGUGGGACGUACGGGACCUCCGCAAAGUGGGCAAGGUCUACUCCGCCCUUUACCACUCGGCCUGCGUGUGGAGCGUCGAGGUGUACCCAGACAGGGUAAGUGAUGGCAGGCAGCCCUGUCUGCCUCCAGGCUCCUUCCUCAGCUGUUCUUCAGACAAUACGGUCCGGCUCUGGAACACUGAUGGACACAACACAACUCUCAGCCGCAACGUCAUCAGCAACGACCUCCAGAAGAUUAUCUACAUGGACAACAACACGGCCGGCCUGCUGGACACAGAGUGCCUCAACUCGGGGAACGGAGAGAAGGCCGACCCCCAGACCUCCGAGACCAGGACGGGCAUCAGGACCAUGUGUGUCAGCCCAGACGGGCAGCACCUGGCAUCGGGCGACUGGACCGGCACCUUGAGGAUCCACGAUCUGGAGAGCAUGGGGGAGAUUCUGAACGUUCAGGCCCACGACUCAGAGAUCCUGUGUCUGGAAUACUCCAAGCCUGAGACGGGGCUGAAGCUGCUAGCCACAGCGAGUCGAGACCGGCUGAUCCACGUGCUGGAUGCAGAGCGGGAGUACAGCCUGCUGCAGACGCUGGAUGAACACUCUUCUUCCAUCACCGCUGUACGAUUCGCUGCCAAUGAAGGCAAGGUCAGGAUGAUCAGCUGUGGCGCUGACAAGAGCAUCUACUUCCGCACAGCGCAGAAGUCAGAUGAAGGAACCGCGUUUACCCGCACCCACCACAUCGUACGCAAGACAACGCUGUAUGACAUGGAUAUCGACCCCACCAGGAAAUAUGCUGUUAUUGGUUGUCAGGACCGCAGCAUCAGAAUCUUCAACAUCAGUAACGGAAAACAGAAGAAACUGUACAAGGGCUCCCAAGGAGAGGAUGGGACUGUCAUCAAGGUUCAGACAGACCCCUCAGGGCUGUAUGUGGCCACCAGCUGUUCAGACAAGAACAUCAGCAUCUUUGACUUCUACUCUGGGGAGUGUGUGGCCACCAUGUUUGGACACUCUGAGGUUGUGACUGGAAUGAAGUUUACCAAUGACUGCAAGCACAUGAUAACUGUGUCUGGUGAUAGCUGUAUCUUUGUGUGGCGUCUGGCCCCGGAGCUGACCAUCAGUAUGAGACAGCGUCUCUCGGACCUCAAGCAGAACGGCAAGCCAGUUCAGAAGACCCCACCUCACAAACCUUGCAAUCUCAGCACCAGGAGAGAGGUACAUAGCACCCCUCCCAUUGUCACCAUGUCCUCUGACAGUGACAAAGAGGUGGAGGAGGAGGGGAUAGAAGAGGAGGAUGAGGAAGAGAGGGUCUCUCCUUACAUGGUGUCAGGCUGCAGUGCAGGGGGAGAGACAGACACCUCAGAUGAAAAGCACAACUCUCACGAACUGAAGAGGGAGAACUCUUUUGGCAGGCGGUCCUCCCAGGGCAGUCACCACUCUGAGGACAGGGGUCCCCGUCCGCGGCGCCGCUGGUCCAGACGCAUGGACAGCAUGGAUCUGAUGGUCAAGUCCAUGUUGGACCUCAGACAGCUGGACUCCUUCGCCAUGCCCCCCUCCUCCCCCACUAAGACCCAGACCCAGCCUGUUUCUGACUCCUUCAGAGACCCAUUCAGAGAGGACGAGCUGGGCAGCACCAUCAGCCUGCAACCCCUCACUGCAUGGGGGGAGUCUGAGCAGAGGUCCCAGCAGCGGCCCAAAUACAUCAUGCUCUCUCCACAGACACCUGACACAGAGACAGGCCCAGUGCUGUACCCCGACGGCUUUGAGGACAGGGUCAGCUUAGCCGGCAGUGAGUACCUGGUGAAGGAGCUGCUGCCUGGGCCUGGGGCCAGCAGGAGUGUGAAGGGGUACCAGAACCACAACCAGUGGAGCCAGGGCCACCAUGACAAACACAGCUCAGACAGUGCCUUCUCUGUGGACUACUCCAGCAGCAGACUGUCCAGCCCAGACAGUCAGCAGCAGCCUCCUGGAGAGGAGCCCACGGAGCCUCUUGUGGAUGGGAAUUCCUCUGAAUUGGACAUGGAGGAACUGGAGGUGGAAGAGGAGGGGGGCGUAGGGAGGGGAGAUGCCAAGGGGAUGACGAUAGUACCCCAGACCCCGGACCAGGAGGCCUUCCUCAAACAGCACUUUGGCAACCUGGCUGAGCUUAACAACCCAGUGAGUCCGACGAGAGUUGCCACCCCUGACAGUAUCAGCAUCUCCUCCAAGUUCCUGUCCCAAUGCUCUACUGGAAGCAGGACCUCCUUUCCAUUCCUAUCUAAGAGCAUUGGUGAGGGGAAGGUAGGCAGCGGAGUGGUGAAGCCCCUGGUCUCUCAGGUGAGGCCUCUCAUGGAGCACAACCAGGGCCAGAGCCACAACCAGGACAGAGACCAGAGCCAAGGCCACAGCCAGAGGAAGGUCUCAGAAGACUCUCAAAAGGGCCCCACCAGGAGACUAGAAGUAGUGGACACUACGGAGAAGUGUUUUAAUCUGCGGGCCUCUCCUCUGAGGAAGAAGCUGUUUAACCCUGCAGUGGACUCCCGUAGGACGGUCAGCCCUGUGGCCAAGGCUGCAGCCUCUCACCUCACAACUACAGGAAUGAGGAAGUCCCAGUCAGUCCAGAACCUGCACACUGAGGACAUGCCUCUAACUCUGUCUCGGCCCUCCAAGGAGGUGGCCCCCCUGCCCCAUCACUCCCAGGCCAGCGAGGGUCCAGGGACACUCCCCACCACGCCCCUGCCCCAUCACUCCCAGGCCAGCGAGGGUCCAGUGACACUCCCCACCACCCCCCGCAGCACACUGCCCAGCGUGCCCCCUUUCUGCAGCCCCACCUCCCCCCAGCCUCAGGACAACACCAGUACCAGCCAGAGCACAGCCACUAUGCCCAGGAGCCUAAAGUCCCGCUGCUCCUACAUGAGCCCCACCACCAGUUCCAUGGCCAAGAUGUCCCGCUCCGUGUCCAUGGGAGACAACCUAAACAUGACUGAGGAGGAGUCUGGGUCUGGAAGUAGUUCCACCCCUCCAACGACUAAGAGUCAGAGCUGCUCCUCCCAGAGUCCGAGUACUAACACAUAUAUCCCAGUGGCCAUGGUCUCCUCGGCGUCCUCCUCCCUCUCAGGGAUGGGUUUAGCCAUGCCCCAAGCUGCUGUUAUCCCCACCUUCAUAGCUAGCUCUAACCCUAACCCAACCACCAAGAGUCUGCAGGCCAAGCUGACGUGCAGCACCCGGCCCCAGCUCAACCUGGACACCUCCAAGUCCCUCCCAGACAAGCCCUCCCUGGCAGUCUUCACACCCAACGGUACCUCCAAGACCACCACCACUUCCUCCAAGACUGUCAACGAGGACAACCUCUCCCCCAGAUCCCCAGUUAGCUUAUUGCCCCAGCAGGGCCAGAAUCAACCACCACCGCUCUCCAACAACGUCCAGCUAGUCAUUGCACUGUCCCCCUUCCCUGCUGCUCCUGUGGAGACUAGCCCAGUGCAGAGCCCUGAGGCGGAGCAGCUUGGUCUCACCGCGGAGCUGCGUCCUGAGGCCCCUGUUGUAGACAACAGACUGGAACAGCCAAAGACAGAGGAAAGCCAGGGCCUGACCCAGGAGGAGAGCCCCGUGACGGAGCUGUCUCAGGGCAAUCCGGUCUACCUGCUGUCACAACGAGGGCCCGGCCAGGACCGCACAGAGGAUUCUCUCAGUAUGGAGUCGUGCAGGGUGUUGGCCAGCGAACUACAGAACUCGUUUAGGAAGGCCUCCCGGUUCUACAGGAUGGUGAACAGUGUGCCUGUAGCCUCCAGGCAGGAGCAGCAUGAGAUGGCACGCGUCCUGUCUGAGGCCUUUGAGGUUGUGAGGGCUGAGCUGAGCUCCCUGCCCCAGAGCUCACCACCAUCCCCCUCUGGAGAACCUGCAGCAGGAGGCUCCCUGUGUACGCUGGGCUACCGGCCUGCAGGACCAGGGACAGGGGGAUCAGGCUCAGGGGAGGAGAGGACUCUGGCUCUGCUGGAGCAGUACUCUGAGCUCCUCCUCAAAGCUGUGGAGAAGAGGCUGGACAACAAUUAGGUCUCCUAGAGACAUCUCAAGGGAGAGGCAUCUUAUUUUACCCCUCCCUUUAAGACUGAACCAACAGAUAUCUGCAGAUACCAUUGCACAAUGGCUUAAAAUUCUACAUUUGCCUGAGGGUUCUCUGGCAAAUGUAGAAUUUUAAGCCAUUGUACAAGGAUAUCUGCAGAGCUGAUUGAUUAGUGGAACUACUACAGUACUUGUUUUUUAAAUCAACGUUUUGAAGAUGAACAAAUUAAAAUAUUCCUGAGGGACAUAUUUUUUACAAGUUCUUUGUUAAAGGACUUCUAUCUCUCUCGCGCUCUGCUGGACUCUCUAGUUGGGUGGUCCCCUCUCUCCCUGUCAGAUCUCUGUAGGACUUGUGAUUGUGAGGCUUGCAGUCAGCACAAAGGCCCACUGUCAUAGGCCAACGUAUAACACUAACAUGCCAACAGCACAGAUACUGAUACUGUAGGGAGACCCCUCAGGAUGAUCGAUGCCUCAGCAUUCAUUCCCAGUGUGGCUAAGCUGCACUAUAGACUGUCAUUCACCAACCUUCCUCCCUCUGUGUGUCACUUACAGUACCUACCAGACAACUGCACUCUCACAACCACUUGUUUUAUUUACCCCUGUUGCCAAAUAUUAUGCCCUGCUACUUUGUUUUAAGUAAGUUAGCCUGAGGCUAAUACAUAAGUAAUUAGCGGUUAUGCUCUUUGUUACAUACUCUAGAUCUCCCCUAGAUUAAGGAAAUAUGAAUAGUUGCUACAUUUGAUGCGGGUUAUCAUUUUGGGUAGAAGUAGCAGAACAUUUUGAAGAAUCGAAGGGUGUUGUCCAAUACCUUUCCUAACCCCAGUGAUCUAAAACAAUACAAUUGUGAUCGCUACAAUUUGAACUUUCUGUGUUGGUGUCCCUGUCCCGAACAGGGCUCUUAUCCACCAACACGAUGGACCAGGCCAUAGCCUCCUCAAAACUACAAGUGGAACACAAGACCCUUCCAAGUCUUAGAAGCCAGAUUAUCAGACAUAAUGUUUUAGUGGGUGAUUUGAUACAUUGUGUUUUGAGAGGCCCUGUCUGUGUGUGGUUGUAUUUAUUAUGUUGUAAAAGGUCCAUGUUACAAAGGGGGGUUUUCAGCCUCUUGUUGACAGUGUGUUUUGAUACUGCUGACUGGUGUCAGUAUGUUUUGUGCCAGAGCUAGGUCAUCAGUGGGGGACCAACAUGCAAAAAACAGACGACCUUGAAGAUAUACAGUAUCAACUGAGUCUCCUCGUUCUUCAACUCUACUGGAUGAUUUAAUAAAACGUGUGAAUUGUGUUCCCAGUAAUAAUACAAAUGUUUCAAGGAAAUGGGUGCCUUAAUUCAAAACCAGCUUUUUUCAUGGUUCUAAAUGUGUUAGGCAAUACCAAAAUAAUAUUGAAUUGUAAUCAAAAGGCAACUACUGAAAUGUAUCUACUGCUGUGGGAAUCAAAUGACAUUGAGGAGAAGUGGUCUCUGGUGACAAUGAAUAGAGCCAUCUUAGUGUUGGGUUACCUGAGGGUAAGAACAUAUUUCAUUCAUAGCUCUUCAGAGCUCUGCCGCACCAAUUCCUCAACAUUAAUUGGCUUCAUGUUUUUAUCCUAGUCUCUGGUACAUUUCUACCACAGUAACAAUAUAAAGCACUUUCUUUCCUAUCAAAAUGGUCAUAGGUCAAAUGAAUGUAUUUGUAAUAGCUUAGGAUACUAAACUGAACCUUCAGGGUCUUUGUGUGUGUAUAAUGGUGUAACUUAUCUGAGUCAAGGGCUCAGACUAAUUCUUAUGUUCUGCUGCUCCUAUGGUAAUUGUGGCCGCAGACAAGCACAACAUUGCCCUCUGCUGUUGGACCUAAAUCACUGCCCAGCUGCUAUAACAUACAGCCCAAUCACUCAUCUCUGGUCAGGAUAAUGAUAUAAUGCUAUAAUACACUAGUGCUCUCAAACAAUCUUUUAAUCAUCUGUGUAUACAGUACUGGGUAUUUUCUCAGUUAUUGUUACUUGUUGUUAGGAAACUUUCACAUAUUGGUAGAAACAGUCUGAUCAGGUACCCAAUGUUCUUCUAUCCUUUCAAAGUGCCACGCCUGUAACUUUAUCCUUUCUACUCUUGAUUAAAGAAAGCAUUGUAUGUGCAAAUGACUAGAUGGAUGUGCAUGGACAGACCGCAAAUAUUUUAAAUUGCAGUCGAGCCCUGACAGGACAUGGGUAAUGGUAUAGAAUAAGAAUUAAUUAUUCUGCUGUUCAUUAGUUAUUCAGUAUUUCCCCAUCUGAUUGACAAUAUUCAGAACGGUAACGUUAUCUAGCAGACUGGAGGUUUCAUUAAGACAUAGGAUUGUAUUUCAGUGGACAGUAGUACAGAUAACUUAUAACUUUCUGCUGCUUGUAUGCAUGAGUAUAUAUGCAUGAAGGGUGGUGAGGUAUGGAGGUUGACUGAUUGGCUCGUUCCUUAGUAGGAUUGCAUGGUUGAACGUACCCUAGGCUUUUUAAAGAGUCGAGCCUGCUCUUUUUCACUGACUGGUACCUCUGUAGCUGACCCUAGUUCUAAUCUCACCUUUCGUAUGUUAUGAUGAUUACUUGUCUUAAACUGCAGAUGAUGGACCAGCAUUUUUCUCUUUUAGGAAUGAUCACCUUUCAGGCAUUUUGUGAGCUGUUUUCUGUUUUGCACCAACCUCAGUGUUUUUACUGUAUUCCCUCUGAACUUCUCUCUCUGCCAGGGAAUAAAAACAUAUUUAUUACACUCAA